UCCCCUUAAAAAUCCACUGUCUCUGUCUCUCAACACCAAACCAAAAAAGAGAAGCAAAGAGAAGACAAAGGGCAUAAGGGCUUGUUCCCUUACAACUCUCUCUGACGCUUCUUCACCACCAUUUCAUCUCUCUUCUCUCUCUUUCUCCUGAGAGGAGAGAGAACAACAGAAAUUCUCAAAACAAAACUACACAACACACAUUCUUCACCACCUCAUCACAUUAUGUGUCCAAUGGCCAGAACAGUCUCCAACAGCAAUGAAACAGCAGCUAAAGAGGAGGGUGAGGUGAGAAAUGGCGUAAGGAAGGGGCCAUGGACCCCAGAAGAAGACGCGAUCCUGAUGGACUACGUGAAGAAGCACGGCGAAGGGAAUUGGAACUCUGUGCAGAAGAAUUCUGGCUUGUUAAGGUGUGGCAAAAGUUGCAGACUCAGAUGGGCCAACCAUCUCAGACCUAAUCUCAAGAAAGGUGCAUUCUCUCAAGAAGAAGAACAAGUCAUCAUCGACCUUCAUUCCAAGCUUGGAAACAAAUGGGCACGAAUGGCAGCACAGUUACCUGGUAGGACCGACAAUGAAAUAAAGAACUUUUGGAACACCAGAAUGAAAAGGCGUCAGAGAGCAGGGUUACCCCUUUAUCCUCCUGAAGUCCAUGCAGAAGCCACUUCAUACCUUCUACAACACCACCGUUACUUGGAACAACAACAACAACAACAACCUCAUUCAUCUUCAUCAUUUUCUCUUCUCCUAUCUUCAUGUUACCCCAAUAAACUCAAUGAUCCAAACCAAACCCAUCAUCAUUCCAAUGCAAAUCUUCUGCAAAGCCAACCUGAUCAUUCUGCCAACCGUUACAUCAAUCCAAGCCAGCAAUUCAAGUUUUCCAAUGAAAACAGUGGAAGCAAUGGAAAUUUUGCUUUUCCAUUGUCCCCUCUUUCUCCAUAUGGAUCCUCCUCCUCCACCCUUCUUAACCACAGUUUAGGUGGUGGUGAUCAUGGCUUCAUAGCAGGAUCUCCCUAUGAACCCUUUUCUUUGGUGCAAGGCUCCACCACUGACAUCUCUUCCAACCAGACACCAACCCCUGCUUCAUCCUAUGCUAGUGGUGUCGAUGGCUUGAUGGGAGCUUCAAGCAUGGUUAAUAACAACAAUAACAAUAAUGAUUACUAUGAAGUUGCACCAUUGUCUCCUCCUCAAGGAAACAGUGGCCUGUUGGAUGCUCUAGUGAUGGAGGCUCAGGGACUUUCUCACAAUGAGAAGUCAAAGAGUGAGGAGGACCCAAACUUAGCUGGGAAGUUAUCUUGUAAGAGAAAGAAAAUGGAAUAUGCUGAGGAGGGAGGCACUGUGCCAGCCAUGAAGAAGAACAGUGGCAACAGUACUACUAAUGAAAGCCAGAGGGAUGAUGAUAUUAGCUCCUCUCAAUUGGCAAAAGGGAAGGAACAAAUUGGCGAGGACCCGUUGGAAGAGAUGAAUGGGAUGGACGAUGACCUGGUUAGCCUGCUCAACCAUUUUCCCUUAGAAAUGCCAAUGCCUGAGUGGUACCGUAGAGGGGAAAAUCAGUCAUUGGGACUUGAAAAUCAGCCCAAAGCUUCACUACCAGAUCCUGCUGAUCAAGAAGAUGCUUGGACUCUCGGAACUUGCUGGAACAACAUGCCUCGCAUAUGCUAAACAUAGUUUCUAGACAAACAAAAAAAUCGUGUAUUCUGUAAUGAUUACAGAACGAAAAGUUCAUCAUAGUGAUCGAAGUAGAUGGAAAUUAAACUCAUGUGGUAUGUGUUAGAAUUUAGAGAUGUUGAGUUAGCUCUAGCUAGGGUGAUCAAAUUCAAAGCAAUGCACACCAGCCAUAUUCCAUACAUAUUCCCCUAUCCCCUUAUAACAAAUGGCUUGGUGUGUGAGUUAGACUUUCGGAUUCAAGUAUUUUUCAUUUGUAGUUAAUUUUUAGUGGUUUUGUGCUAUUAGAACUAUAGUGCAAAUUUGAAGCUUGCUUUAGCAUCCUGGAAUGCUUUGUGUGCAAAUGAUAAUAUCAUGAAUUGCCCGA